UUUUACAAACAUGUACGCACAAAAAUAUCGCAUUACACCACUCCGUGUACUUCAUAUUACAAAUAUACUAGGGUAUAUGUCGCAUUAUAUCUUUCUACAAUUAGAAUUAAAACAGGAGCUGUAUGCUGGAUAGAAGUGCAAAUUAUAAUUAUUAAAGAAGUUUUAUGUCGGAUAAAGAAGUUUUAUAAUAUAUCAAGAUAAUUGUUCAGAAUGGAUACCGCCUUAAGUUACGCGAGUGCUCCAAGUUCAAGAGAGUACACGUAUAAAACAAACAUGCAGAUGCUCUCUCACUGGGCGCACUUAUAUCCAGAGAAGGAGGCGUUUGUAGAAUAUGAUGCACAUGCGCAAAGACAUUCCAUAACAUGUCAAGAGUUGUUGAAGAAAAGUAAAGCUUUCGGAUGGUAUGUGGCCAGUAUUGGGAUCAAGAAAGGUGAUGUCGUAGCGUUCUGCAUGAACAAUUCUUUGAACAUGCUUGUUUCAAUGUUUGGUGUUCAGUUUGCUGGAGGAAUACCAAUAUCGACCAUGCAAAGUAUGGCAGACGGAAGUGACGUCAUUGAUACGAUCCGCGACCACAAUUCCAAACUGCUAAUAAUGGAUGCUAAAGAAGGGGACCAAAGCUGGCAUAUGUUACAGAACAUUCAGUUAUCUAAAGAUUCUGCACAACUUCUUGACAUCAUAUACAAUAACAAUUUGUCCGAACUUUUCAGAUAUAACUUUAAAGAAAAAGCAACCUAUGUUGUCGAUUUAGCAAAUACAACGGAAGUUCAACUUCCGCAAUUGUAUCCAGAAGAUUUAGCUGUUUAUUUCAAAACGUCUGGAAGUACCGGAAAACCGAAACUUGUAGGCCAUUGUCAUUUUGAAUUUUUUAGUACGAACACAAUUAACGAUUAUCUUGGAAUAGACGAGCAGUCCAUAUUUUUCUGUGACAGACCGUUUGGGUGGAGUGUAGGGUCUCCGAGAACGUAUCUUGCCUCUGGGACAACACGAGUAUUCACGGACAGCUUCUUGUCGAUUCAGAAAAACAACAUAGAGUUUCUGUCUAACAUUAUAUACCAAGAGAAGUGCACGCACAUGUAUCUACCCGGCUAUCUCGUCUCGGACCUACUUAAAAGUCGUGGAAAUGAGGAUAAAUUUUCAACUGUCAAAUCUAUCAUUUUUGCAGGAGAAAGGAUCUCAAAACGGUAUGCGGAAAUGCAAGGGCGUUUCUGUAAGAAACUUGUCGUCUGGUAUGGGUCUACAGAGGCAGCUGGGGUAUCAGCUUUUUCUUCCCAGAAUCCUGCGGAGUUUGAAGACGGAAUUAUUGGGAAACCUUUGCCAGGAUACGAGAUGAAAAUAGUUGACGAGCGAGGUAAUGUUGUGCCAGUGGGAGAGAAAGGAGAGUUGUAUGUUCGCAGUGUUUACAGGUUCAUAGAAUACAAAGGUAUGCGGGAAAAGUUUCUGGAUACAGUUGACCAAAGAAACUGGCUUCACACUGGUGAUUUGGUGCAUCAACGCGCUGACGGCAACUUUAUAUUGAAUGGACGAAAAAGUGAGCAAAUGUCUGUUGGUAGUAUGAAGAUCUUUCCGCAAGAAGUCGAGAAAGUCUUAAUCAGUUGCCCAGAAGUAGACGCAGUUGUAGCCGUACCAGUUCCGGAUGAAAGACUUCACGAUGCGAUAUGCGCUUGUAUAGUUCUAUCAAAGACAAAUGCUGGGGAUGUAGAAGAUAUGCAAACAUAUUUCGACCAUUUGUGGGCUGACAAUGCUUUAUUCAAGCCGAAGUACUAUAUAGCCUUUGAGAAAUUACCGGGAAAUGUAAGUGGAAAAAUAGACAGAAAAGGGAUUGCUAAGAUAGCAGCUUCUAAACUGAAUCUUUGAUGAGUCUGCCCUGCUUCGAUUUAAGAAAAUAUCGCGUGUAAAUAAAAAACAGACUGACAAUAAUCCAGAUCAUAAUUUCUUUAUUCGACCGACUUGUAAAUACAGAACAGAACAGAAAUCUUGUGUACACAGAACCGAACUGAACAUACCCAGGAAUCUAAGCCAAUUUGCUGGCUUAUUGGCGAAAUUGUCUCCCUUGAAAACAGCUUACCAAGUGUAUCGAUUAGCCGUUAUCGGUCAACUUACGCCUAUUGAAAUAUAGAAGGACAAAGUCUUUAACACGUCAAAUGACAUCAAAAGCAUUAUCUGACAAAAUUUAUUAAGUUAUUGAAGUAAUCUGCAAUAUUUACAUUUUCUUUCAAUAUAAUUUUUAAUAAAAUAAAUUAUGAUCUUCUUGCUUCCCCAAGCGUUUGAAAUAAGUAACUAAUUUUGAUCCCGAGUCCCAUUGAUUUUUGUAGGAAAUGACAGAUUUUAAGCCUUACAUGGUCUUUUCAAAUGAUAUAUUCUCAUAUUUAUACUCAUCUCACAACAUUUAUUAAGUUAUUGAAGUAAACUAGAAAAGUUAAUCUUUCUUUCAAUGAGUUUAUUUGUAAGUUAUUCUUAUGUCUUCUUGCUUCCCUAAACGUUUAAAUAUCACUGAAUUUACUAAUUUUGAAAUUUUUGCCUGUCUUAGUACACGUGUUACUGAUGACAUCGGAUAAACAGAUACAAGUGUCUGAAUAAGAUAGACAUGUGUGUCGAUCUAAUUCCGUGUAUUUAAAAAAUUCAAAUUACAUGUCUAAAUAAAAAAAAAUCAUUUUACUUAGAAAACAGAAUACUUUUGAAUACAGAACAGAACAGACUGAACAGAAAAUUUGUAAAUACAGAACAGAACAGAAAACCUGUGAAUACAGAGUAGAACAGAAAACAGAACGAUAGAACAUUUGUGAAUACAAAGCUUUUGUGUUCUUAUCACAUAAUUUUAAAGAGAAAACACUUGUCGGCAACACUAUCCC